AUGAAUCUCUUUGGUCUCUACACCAUUCUGCGGCACUCUCCAAAAGAGAUGGGGGAGUACGCGUGGGCGUUGGCUGUUUUACAAGUGACAACGACCUGUUGUGAUCAUAUAACGGCUGAUGGAGCGUCCCCAUAUUUGCUCUUUCCGCUGAUCGUCUUCGUUCGGCUGGAUGACGUGGAUCGGCAUAUCCACCGAAAUCCUGACCGUUCUCGAGUUCUCGGUGAUUGGGCACACGCAAACAUGCACGAUGAUGCUUUUCUUUCUUCGACUUCACUUCAUCGCACCCGACGAUCACCCGCUGAAAAUCGGGAAAGCAUCUAUCCACAACUGCGACAGUUCAUCAUGAUGCCCAGAUUUCUGGGAUUCGCGAGGGGCAGUCACACGUUCUUCCUUGUCAAUAUUCUCGGUUUUUUAGCCGUCUGUGGAUCAUUUAUGAUUGAAAAGCGGCUCGUCGACGAGGAACGGCAACUGAUCAAAGCGUUGAUUAUACAGGUGACAAUCCCCAUGGUAACCGUCAUCAUUCCCUUUUGCCUUGGAGCCAUUGUCAUUUUUGUUGAUAACACCGAUUUGACAAAGUUCUGUCCACUGAUCGGUCUAUUGUUCGCUCAGCAUGGACUCUGCAACACAAUAGCCAUCCUAUGUCUCUAUCGACCGUACCGAGAGCACGUGAAGCGAACGUUUCGUCGCAUCACCGAAUUGCCGUCAUUCCGGAAAUGCUUCAAUCCAGCGAAAGUUCUCCGAGCUAAACGAGACUUUGCCAACAAUUUAGAAGUACAUGCUUUGUGUGUUUUUGUCGAGUUUCCGGCGAUAUUCGUCGUCGCCUCGAUGCUUCGAGUUUCCUCAUGGGACUUUGUUGCGGCAAGU